CAGUCCCAAUUGAUCGAUUGCAGAAGUAGAAUUGAUCUCGUGCAUUGUUACCGAAUAAUACUAAUAAUAAUAAUAAAGUAACAAUACCGAUAUCGUGGGUGUACGUAAUGAUCCGCCCGUAUGCAUAACGUGCGGGGGUGGUAUCUGAAGGAAAUAAGGAAGGAGAAGGACGCGGGGGCGGUCCUUUGGCAGUGAUGGGGUUGGUGCGCGUCUGCGGCGCGUCGCCGCCAACGCCAACGUAGGCCUCCGUGGUCCAGGGUUCGCGGGUGUUGCCCAAUAAGGACCCACUGACGUCAUCGGUGUGAUCAAUACCUGGGCCAUGGGCCAGGAUUCCAGUGCGAGUUGAGAAAAUCCGGUGUGCACGUCGUCCUUGUGUGCCUCCAAAGCGAAAAAGAAGGGCUUGAUCUUAAGCGUCCCGUGCGUGCUUUUGGAUGCCUCCGGCGAGCGCCCAUGUGUGCCCUAGGCUUUAGGACAAGGAACAGCCCCUCGCAGAAAACUUCCCUACGCUGGGGCGACUGUUGUUUGGCGUCUUAACGCACUAAACUAAAUAGAAAGAGGUAUAUUUUCGUAAGCCUAAGAACGCGAGAGUUUAUAAAUAUUUAAAAGAAAAAGCAGUGUGAUAAAGUAAAUUUUAAACGAAGGGUGCCUGAUCGAUCGCAGCAAGAUGAUUAACGUGGCAGGAGUGAUCUCGAUCAUCCUGUUCUACAUCCUGAUCCUGGGGGUAGGUAUUUGGGCGGGCCGCAAGAAGGAGGCAGGCAAUGAUUCGGAGGAGGAGGUUAUGCUGGCCGGUCGGAACAUCGGCCUCUUCGUCGGCAUAUUCACCAUGACAGCCACCUGGGUCGGCGGCGGUUACAUAAAUGGAACAGCGGAGGCCAUCUAUACUUCGGGACUGGUAUGGUGCCAGGCGCCGUUCGGCUAUUCUUUAAGUUUAGUUUUUGGGGGUAUCUUCUUCGCAAAUAAGAUGCGGGAACAGGGUUACGUGACGAUGCUGGAUCCCCUGCAGGAUUCGUUCGGUGAGCGGAUGGGGGGUCUGCUCUUCUUGCCCGCCCUUUGUGGUGAAGUUUUCUGGGCUGCCGGGAUUUUGGCGGCCCUCGGGGCCACUCUGAGCGUCAUCAUCGAUAUGGACCAGAAGACGAGCGUUAUUUUUAGCGCGUGCAUAGCGGUAUUUUACACCCUUUUCGGUGGCCUCUAUUCAGUGGCUUACACCGAUGUUAUCCAACUAUUCUGCAUAUUCAUUGGUUUGUGGAUGUGCAUACCAUUUGCAUGGAUGAACGAUAAGGUAAUGCCGCUAUCUUCGAUGGAAGUCGAUUGGAUAGGGUCGGUUAAGUACGAGGAGAUAUUCUACUACAUGGACUAUGCGCUUCUCCUGAUAUUCGGAGGAAUCCCUUGGCAAGUCUAUUUCCAGCGCGUUCUCUCCAGCAAAACUGCUGCGACCGCUCAACUGCUGUCAUUCGUAGCAGCAUUUGGCUGCAUCCUCAUGGCUAUUCCUCCUGUUCUGAUUGGGGCUAUUGCCAAAUCAACAGCUUGGAAUGAGACUGCCUACAAAGGCCCUUACCCACUCACCCAAGAUGAGACAAGCAUGAUAUUGCCGAUGGUAUUGCAAUACCUCACCCCAGAUUUCGUGUCAUUCUUUGGUCUCGGCGCAGUUUCAGCUGCCGUCAUGUCUUCAGCAGACUCCAGCGUUCUCUCCGCUAGCUCCAUGUUUGCAAGAAAUGUGUACAAAUUGAUUUUCAGACAAAGGGCCUCCGAAAUGGAAAUCAUUUGGGUGAUGCGCGUAUCGAUCCUCAUCGUCGGAUUUUUAGCCACCGUCAUGGCUCUGACAAUACCUUCAAUUUAUGGACUUUGGUCAAUGUGUUCUGAUUUAGUAUAUGUAAUAUUAUUCCCGCAACUGUUAAUGGUAGUGCACUUCAAGCACCAUUGCAAUACCUAUGGUAGUUUAGCUGCAUACAUCGUAGCGUUCUUCGUGCGUUUAUCCGGCGGAGAACCGAUGAUGGGUUUGCCAGCAUUCAUUCACUACCCGGGCUGGGACGAAGAAGGCCAACGACAAAUGUUCCCAUUCCGUACAAUGGCUAUGCUUUGUUCAUUGAUCACCUUAAUUUUCGUUUCCUGGUGGACUAAGUGGGUAUUCGAGACCGGCCGUCUCGCUCCUGGUUACGACUUCUUCCAUUGCGUCGUUAACAUACCGGAGGACAUACAGAGGGUCGGUGAUCCUAUCGAAGAUGGUGAGCAAAUGGCCGUCAUGGCAUCCGGGGCCAUGGGGAAACUGUACGGCGCUGCCAAUACAAUGGUUGGAAAAGACGAGAGAAAUGGUAGAAUAAAUCCGGCUCUUGAGGCCGAUGAUGAUAUUCCUGCAGGGGAAGUAGAGAAGCUGCGUAGUGCUAUAGGAUCAGGUGGAGGCGUCAGAUCCGGCGCUAAUCCUGGAGCAGUACAAACUACCCUCUGAUUAGACUAAGAGUACAACCCGCCCAAAUAAAAGAAGAAAGUAAAAACAAAAGAGAAAACAAAAAUUAGGUAGAGUAGAUUGUAACGUGGGCACGUAUGUAUUUUUGUGUCCUAAUACGGGGCUAGAGCAUCACUCCAACGAAGUCUUAAUCUUUUCAAUCAUCGAUGAAACAAAUCCAAUUAUAAAGAAAUCCCAAACCCCUCUGUUAUUUAGUUUCAGAAAUCGUAUACAUAUCAAGGAAUUGAUUCCUAAAAAAAAAGAAACAAACCUAAUACAUAUCAUUGUUGCUCCUUAACACUUAAACUCGUCAAAUAAAUGUAUAUAUAUAAAUUUUUAGCAGUAUUAGAGAGUAUAUAUGUUGAGGAAUAUAUUAUAUAAUUCUAUAAAAAAAAAAGAAUAUGAAAGAGAUAAAACUGUUUAUAUAUACAUAUACUAUAUAUAUAAAGUUGUUAUAAUUUAGCAACAUUGUUAACCAUAUACAUAUCUUUAUAAAUGUGGCUUAAAUUUUAUUUUUUAUCAUACGCUUCUUCUUAAAGCAGAAACAAA